AUGAACACUUCGUCUCUGUUACGUUUUGUGGGUGUUCCCGGCAGUGGUGAAUUCCGAUACCUGAAUGACCUCAUCCAGACAUUGACGUCGGUCAACUUCACCUGCAGCGUCAAGCACGCUGCCGUCUAUUUCUCUCAGUACGACUACUAUGCCUUUCCCCCUCCAUCCCCACUGAAGAUGCCUGAUGUCCUGCACGCUCUGCCAGACAAGAAAACAACCUUUGAUAUUAUGGUUGUCACCAAACUGCUCAGCAGCAAGGGUGUCAAGAGUCUGGGGGACUUCGAGGUUCAAUAUGUGUUUGAUCCAAAAGCGACUGUUGUUCAAGAGGAAUUCCGGGCAGAUCUUAAAGAAGUCGGAAGGGUGAUUGAGGAGCGAAAUUCGACAAGGAACCCGACCUAUGACUAUCUUCAUCCCGACGCUAUCCCAAAUUCUAUCAGUAUCUAGCCGUCCCGGUAUUACUGUUCAUGAAUAUGUGAACUAGUUUGAACAAUAAGCAUUUACUU